AUGACUUAGUGCAGUUUGAAAGAUGGAUGAGAUGUGGCAGCCACAGCCAAGAUGAUUUUGAUAUUCAUCAACAUAAGCUUUUCUUAUAAAAGGUGUAACUCUGACAGGAGCAGUUUCACGUUCCAUCAGUCCCUGGACGGAAUUGCAGCGAAGGGAAGAGGCGGGUAAUUUCUGCCCUGGGCUCUGUUGGAAAAUUCCCUGGGCUCCACCUGACUUGCCCACUCCUGCAAGGUUGGAUUGCGGUGUAGCCAAGGAGAAUGGACGGAGUCAGCAGCAACAGGACCAUGUCCUACAGCAGAUGGAGUUAUGAUAGUGUACUGGAUGAUGAAGGUAGUAACCUGCGACAACAGAAGCUUGACAAACAGCGAGCCUUACUGGAACAGAAGCAGAAGAAAAAACGCCAGGAGCCGCUGAUGGUCCAGCCAAACGUGGACAGCCGAUCUCGGGCUCGGCGGAUGAAGCAGUCGGAGGAGCAGGCCCCUCUAGUCGAGUCUUAUCUGAACAGUAACAGCAGCACCAUUUAUCACGGAAUCGAUGGCCCAGCAGCUUUCCAGGAUGAUGUCCAGGAGGUGGGAAGUCAAGUUCAAAUUCUCACUGUAGGUCAGUCCAGCAAUGAAGAUGAGGAUACUGACACAGCAGCCAGUGUGCAGCAGGCCACAAAGCAGGACCUUAGAGCAACAAUGCAAAAGAAAGGCAUUUCUAGUAGCAUGAAUUUUGAUGAGGAAGAGGAUGAAGAAGAUGAAGUUAGCUCCAGCUCUUCCCAAGUGAAUUGUAAUACCAGGCCAGGCUCGGCUUCCAGUAAAAAAUCCAAUAAGGAAGCUGCCUCUGUCUCAACCCCUCCUACUGAUUCUCUAGUAAAUGUGGACGACCUCGAGGAGUUUGGGGUGAAACCAGCUCCACAAGGGAUCACCAUUAAGUGCCGAAUCACAAGGGAUAAAAAGGGGAUGGACCGUGGAAUGUACCCUACCUACUACCUCCACUUGGAAAGGGAUGAUGGCAAGAAGGUCUUCUUAUUGGCAGGAAGGAAGAGGAAGAAGAGCAAGACAUCAAAUUACCUCAUCUCUAUAGACCCCACUGACCUAUCACGUGGUGGAGAGAGCUUUAUUGGCAAACUCAGAUCAAAUCUCAUGGGCACCAAGUUUACAGUGUAUGAUAAUGGAGUGAAUCCAGAAAAAGGAACUUCAAGCUUAGAUGCAUGUAAUUUGCGUCAAGAACUAGCCGCCAUAUGUUACGAAACAAACGUUCUGGGUUUCAAGGGGCCUCGGAAGAUGAGCGUAAUCAUUCCUGGCAUGAAUAUGGAUCAUGAAAGAGUUUCCAUUAGGCCUCGCAAUGAGCAUGAAACAUUGCUGGCACGUUGGCAGAACAAAAACACAGAGAGUGUAAUCGAGCUACACAACAAAACUCCAGUAUGGAACGAUGACACACAAUCCUAUGUCCUUAAUUUUCAUGGUCGAGUUACACAGGCUUCUGUGAAGAAUUUCCAAAUUAUUCAUGAUAAUGACCCGGAUUAUAUAGUGAUGCAGUUUGGCCGAGUAGCAGAAGAUGUCUUUACCAUGGAUUACAACUACCCAAUGUGUGCACUGCAAGCAUUUGCGAUUGCUCUGUCAAGCUUCGAUAGCAAACUAGCUUGUGAAUAAUGGUGCAAUCAAAGUUCUUUCUUCAGUGUGGCAUACAUGCUUCAAGGAGAAACUUACUUUCUUUGCUUCUACAUCUUGGUUGCAAAUCACAGUAAGAUAUAAUUCAUCUUUAAUAUCAUACAUUUUUAUGUAAAAAGAUUACUAAAAUUACACCAAGGUCCUAAGUCCGAAUUUGAAUCCCAAUUUAAAUGUUUUAAUGAAACAUGGAGCUGCUUUGCAUUUUUAAUUUUUUUUUAAAAGCACACAUAAUUCUGUGCUCAGUCCAUCUGGGCCGUUUUUAAGCACUGACAGUCAUUUUGCAUGAAUCGUUGACAUGGAACAUUGUCUUUAAAAGAAAAAGAAAAAUUAAGAGGUGAAAAGGCAGCUAUAAAAUCCCGAGGGUGUUGAGUCAGACCAAGAGAGAAAGAUAAGCACAUUUUCCUUCCAAGUACUAACCUUUAUGUCAUUUCUGAAAUCUAGUCAGGUUGGUCAGAAAUGUGUGUCAUGUCUGCUGAUUCAAUGCAGUAAUAAUUUUGUUUCAGGUGAUUAAAGAUGUUAAACAUCAGGACUUAUUUUAAGAGUUAAAAAGUUUUAAGUUAUUCUAAUUAACUUCUUCAUGCUUUUUAAUUUAUUGUCUGCUUUUUUUGUCUCUUUUGGCUUGAUCUUAUUUAAAUGGUAACAUAAUUGGGAAUGAGGAAUUUCUCUACUCAUGUUGAGAGUGAGGCAGGAAGAGAGAGAGGGACUGCAUUUAAUUAUGCUGUUUGUUAUAUGUACAUUCUUAGUGCUGACACUGUUGAAAAUAUAAUUGUCCUAUUCUCUGACGGGUCAAAAUAAUACUAGAAUAGCAACAAUACAGAAAAUAAAAACAAAUAAAAGAUGUUGAAAAUCUGUUAUACUUAAUAGAACUGGAAUUCUGAAUGAAAAAGAUUGCAAAACUGGUCAAGAUUACACAUUAUAUUUCAUAAGAAGUGAAUUCUUCAAUCAAAUUUGAAAGUAGAUGAAAUUCACAAGUGAUAAUAUGCAUCCGGGUGAAUGUAGAACCGUAGUACUAAAACACAUCGAUUAUUGACACAGAGUAAAUAUUAGAUUGCGGAAAACAAAUCACAACAAGUUUGUAAGGUGGCUAGAGUGGCUGGAUUUCAGGGACACCCAGGCAAAUACAUGAAGGAAACAGAAAUAAUUUAUAAAGUCAUAAAAGUUAUAUGAAGUCAAACUGAUGAAAGUUCAUGAGAAGCAUAGAUCAUGUGGCCUGUUUCUCUGCUGAACAAUCUACAGAAUUCUAUUAAGGUUGCAUAAAUGCAGAAGCUGGAAAUCUGAAAUAAGAACAGAAAAUGCUGGAAACGUUCAGUAGGUCAGGUAGCAUCAAUGAAGAGAAGUGGUUAUUAUUUAGGUUGAAGACCCUUCAACAGAACCAGGAAAAUGUUGAUUUUAAAUUUUCAAGAAGGUGAAUAAGGUAUGGGCCACAAGAAUAUAUACAAUAGGCUGUUGGUGAAGUCAUGAUUAAUUUAACUGUUAUCAUGAUAAACUGUGGUAAAAGGCCAUUGAUGAAGCCAUUAUUGUCAUCAUAGCCUUUGUCUAAUCCAAGUUCCCCCGCCUUCUACGCAACUUAAAACUAACUUAGUUUCUCUCUUUCCCAGUAACAAAGAGUCCUCAACUUGAAAUAUUAAGUCUGUUGCAAGAUAAGGUUAAUUUCACCUAGACGAUUUCCCCAUCUUCAUCUGUAAUGACAUCAUUCAGAUAACAGGUGGCAUUGAGACAGUCUAACUGCUCAUAAUUAUCAAUUUCAUCUUCAGUCACAAUCCUAGCAAAUUGGAAACUCAGACACACCAUCCUGUUUUUAGAUUUUCUCACUUUAAAAAAAAACAUCAUUACUACCAUUGGGGAAGUGUAAAGGUUCUUUCAUGAAGCAACUACACAUCCCACCUAAUUUGACACUGUAGCAGUUAAGUGUUGGAAAUCUUAUUUAAAGUCAAACUAUAGUACAUUUGGGAUGGUGUACAUUUAAAAAAUCUUAAACCUUUUGCGUUGGCUUCAGCCAAGUUCUCAAGAUACUACUUCCCCAUCCCUUGAGUUUACCAAUCCAUUCUGACUGGAAGCCACUACCCAGGAGUCAAUCCUAGCUCCAAGGAAUUUUUUUUGCACUACAUGGGUUAACAAAAUUAAUCUCACCUUUGUUAAAGAGCCACUUAUUGACAACAUUGAAAACUAAUACCUUAUUUUUACUCAACAUAUAAAAGCCUGCAGUUUAUCAAGAUUAGCAUCAAGAUCUGUUUUCUUGCAAAAAUGUUGCAAGGGAACUUGAGGAUUUUAGACAUACCCUUGCGAGAAUCACUCAAAGGGCCACAUUAUUGGCAAAGGCCAUGUGGUACAAGAGGAAAGCAUCUUGCUUAAAACCCCCUUAAGACAGGAAUGGGCCCAAACUUGACCUUGCCAUUCUCAAUAAAAGUGUAAGAGUCUGUGUAUGUAUCUGAAAUGAGGUCCACAAAAUCAGCAACAACUCUCAUCCAGCCCAGAACUUUAACAAUAAGCCUCUCGGGCUGACCGAGUCAAAAGCUUUUUUAAAUCUAUAAAUGUGACAGCUUUCUGGUAUCUCUUGACCCCCUCCAUUAAAUUAUUUAAAAUAGCAAUAUUCUCAUUACAGCUAGGGUAGUUGUGUUAAAUCCAUUUUGAUGACAAUUUAAGACCACUACAUCGAACUUCCCCUUGGGCGAUAGUUUGGAGAAUAAUCUCAAAGUAAUUGAUCCAAUGGUCUUAGGUUGCCAGUUGUCCACAAAUUAAAAAUUUUCAUUGUCAUCAGAGUCUUAACAAGGACUGCCUGGCUAAGUUUCAUCCAUGUGGAUAUAUUACCCACUAUAAUCCAGAGGAAAACGUAGUAGCUGACUCAUUGGUGUCUACUUUGUGCACCCCAGCCAGACUCUGACGGUCUGGGCUAGCCACUUACCUCUUUUAAAACUGUAAUCAGUUCUUGAUGGGUGCUACCAGAAUUUCUGAGUAAUUUUAUAUAUUUGAUAACUCUUGCUCAGUGAAUUUGUGGAUCUGUUGACAUGGAAGAUGAUAAUGUGUUUUGCUGUGCAAAGCUCUGUCCUCUAAGUAUCUUGAGAAAUUCUCCAGGUCUGGCACUAGUAAUCUGGCAGAAGAAUUUGCUCAAUAUUGUUAAAUCUGAAAUUUGAGACCUCUCUGAUUAGUCCAUUUUAUUGCUGAAUUUAAGGAUCUGCAAAAAAAAUCUGCCGGGGAACAGAGUGUAAUGCUGUGACAUGCAUGCAGGCACCUGGGGGUGGGAGAAGUAUGCAUCGUUAAAUCAAUUACUGAUCUCUUAAAAGUAUCACAUUUUUUACUUGAACUCAAAAAUUAAAUGAGUUACCAUCAUGAACUGUGGUAAUAAUGAGUUGAUUUUAUUUUCAGGGUCUUAAAUGUUUGAGAAUUGGACAUUGGGCAUUCUAGACAGUAAUAUUGUUGGACAAAACUUGGAUACAUAUCAGGUUCUUUUACCUGCAAUUAAAAAAAAAUGAAUUUUAAAUACAUUAAUGUCUCUGUUAAAAUAUUGGAUCAACAAUUUGGUGCAAACUUUUUGAGUGCACGACAAUAAUGCAUUAUACUUAAUUCUUUGACCACAAAAUUGUAUGGAGGGGCAGCAUUUCACUUGUUACUGAAUGUGCCUAGACAUGGAUAUGGGUAUGGAUGUAAACAUCAGGUGGGCAUGUUGAAAAUAUCUGAAAUCACCACUACAAUAAACAGGUUCAAUUCUAUAAGAAAUAAAGGGAAGAAUGUGAUUAUAAUACAGAACCUCACAAGCAAUUCAUCCAUGAAGAGUGGGAGCAUUAUUUAAAUGAUACACUAAAUGUUUGAUACCUGAUAACACUCUAAUAUUGAAUAUGUAGAAGCCAUUAUCAGAAUGUUUAAAAGAGUUAUCAAAAAAUGGACAAAUGGAGACACAAAAAAAAGACUAUAGAUGCUGGAACCAGGAGCUAAAAUACAAAUUGCUGGAGCUACUCAGCAGGUCGAGCAACGUCUGUGGAGCAUUAGGACCUGAAAUGCUGACUCUGCAGAAACUGUCUCAUCAGGUCAGUUCCUGCAGCAGUUUUUAUUUGCAAAUGGUAGCGUAGUGGUUAACGCAAUGCCAUUACAGCUCGGGGCAUCAGAGUUCAAUAUCGGCGCCUUCUCUAUAAAGAGUCUCUGUGGAAUGUGGAAUCUUUCCCAUGGAAUGCGAGGGGUUUCCCUGAGUACUCUGGUUUCCUCCCACAGUUCAAAGAUGAACCAAGUAGGUUAGUUGGUCAUUGUAAGUUGUCCCAUGAUUGGAUUAGAGCUGAAUCAGGGUUGUUGGGGGUUGCUGGGGCAGUGUGUCACAAAGGGGCAGAAGGGCCUACUCCAUGCUGUAUCUCUAAAAUAAAUAAUCCAGAAAACUGUUCAGGCAAGUAUACUCACAGGGGACUGUGUAGAUAUAAAUUUCAAGUUUAAGAAUUGUAGAACAGUUUCACAAUGAUUGCAUCUUGAAUUAGUUACUGAUUUUCUCACUAAUAGCCAAUUCAUCUGUUUCUUCAUACUGAGGUAUUCAAAGUUUUCUACUCUGAUUUUAGUCCUUGUAAUAAGAUACCUUUACAUGGAGAAGUUACAGAGGAGGGAGAAAAUGCCACCUCGAGUCAUAGGCCUUCAAUCUGAAGAACAACCCUCUAUCAGCAAAGCUGAUUUUAUAUCCAAUUAGCUAACUGAUCUUAGAUUCCACAUAUUCUAACAAUACAGACCAGCCUUUCAUAUGGGAUUAUUGAUGCACCAUCAAUAACUCUCGGAGAUGUGAGGCGAGAUAUAGGCUUUUAUUGGCUGGAAGAAAGAACAAGCAGCAAGUGACCACCACACUACAUCCUGGAGACUGAGGCCGGGGCUGUGUCUCCAAUCGCCUUUAUACUGGGGUCCGCGGGAGGAGCCACAGGAGCAGUCAGCAGGGGGGCGUGUCCAGACAGGUAUAUGUAGUUCACCACAAUUAUGUAAAAGUCACAUCUGCUAAAAUCCAUGUGGACAUCAUUUAGCUUCCUGCCUUUGUCAAUCCUGUUGGUGACCAUCUCUGAAAAAACCUCAAAUUCAGGAGACCAGGGUUCCCAUGCUCAAAGGCAUGCUGACGAUCCCUGAUUAGUCUUUGCUGUUCCAAAUGCAAAUACACCUAGUCACUCAGUCCCUUUCUAUUACUUUCCCAAGACUCAUUGGCCUCUGGUUCCCUAUUUAUCUCUGCUACCCGCCUUGAAUAAAGCAUAACAGUGUCCAUCCUCCAAUCUUCCAACAGCAUUUCAUAGUGAUCCCUCUCAGUCAGCAUGUUCCUUUGUUCAUGUUACGAUGUGAGCACUAAAUUAUGAACAAGAAAAGAACUUAAUGGUAUAACUAUGGCUUAGAUGUGUUCCCCUUUGCGCAUAACAAAUUCAAUUACUUAUGUUGAACCUGAGGUGGUACCCAGCUCUUAAAUGAUUGAACAGAGCACCAAAUUAACACCCCAUUGCUCAUCACAUUAUGUAAAUUUUCUUUUAUAUCAAAUUAAGUAGAUUAUCUCCCCAGUUACUAAUCUUGUAACAUAGCACUAACAGUGCAGAAACAUGAUCUACCCAACAAGUAAAUGCUUUGUUAUAUACCAGCUUACUUCACCCUACUUAAGAAAGCAAGUCUGACAGUGCAGUGUAACCUUUGUGUUUAAUUCUCUGGAGUGGGACUUCCUGACUCAAGUAGGCGAGUGUAAUUAUAGGGCCACAGUUAGCACCUAAUAUUCAUUUUAAUCUUGUCCUUUCUGAUUGAUUGCAGAUUUACUCUUUGUGUUCUUUAUACUGCAAUAGGUCAGAAAAGAUGAAAGAUUUAGAAUACUCUCAAAAGGUUUCUGACCCAUUCUGUUUCUAUACUGUUCUCAUUUGCUUGCAGCAGCCUCAUCAGUGCAGACUUCACAGGGGAAAAAACAAGGAGAAAUGUUGGGUUUGAAUGUAGCUAAUUUGUUCAUAGAGCAAGAGAGCUCAUUUGCAAAAUGGAAAUAUAUAUUUGGGAAAUGUGAUCUUUAUAGAUAAUUAUGGCCUUGUUAAAGUGCAAGAUUUAGUAUAGAAUGCUGUCAUUUUAGUAGAUUUGUUUAACUCACUCAAAUGAAGUUAAUAUCUUCAUGUUUGUGAUACCUUUUUCACAAAUUGAGCACAUCAGCCGCUGACUUUGCUUUGGAAGGUAUUAGUGUUCAACAGUAAAACAGAGCAUGCAUGUUGUUCUGCAUGUGCAGCUUAUGCACAGUGAGAUAUGUGCUGCUACCGGCUAACAUGUAUGGAAUAUUUACUGCUGUAUUCACUGUUUUUUCAUGUAAAGAAAUCAUGUACUCAGAUGUUUUAUUUUAUGUUAUAAUUAUGAAAUAAUCAAGUGAUCAAUGUACUCCAAUGAAUUUCAUGAUAUUCUUAGGUAUCAUAACCUUGUACAGUGUGCUAAAACUUUAAGGUGAAACAAUGUGCAUAGUUGCACACCUCACUCAAGUGAAGGAUUCCUGCUUUGUCUUGUCAGAGUACGUGGCUUAUGAUUAUUUUAGGUGAGGUCUACGAGACAUGGUCUGAUUGUUAUAUCAUGAAACAUUUUUAUGUAAAACUCAUUAUAAAAACAACUCGUGUUCUGAUUCUGUGAUGUAUGUUUAAAGUUGACUUCACUUUUUAUCGAGUCAGUUGUAAUUUUAUCAUCAUGCUUCUUCUUGCAGUCUGUCUGCACUACCAGGGUACAAUUGCAUAUUUAGUAGGACUAAAGUAUCAAAUUUUAUUUGCCUAAAUAACACGUCUAAAGAAGUUAAGUACCAUCUAUUGGGAUCAGUUUGUUUAUAAGUUAAAGAUAAAUAACAGUGUUCUUUGUCAUGUAAAGAUAAUUGUUGAAUGGAGUUUUUAAAUAAAUAAUUUUGAAAAAAUGGUGUUUUAAUGGAUUACAUUAAAGUUUAUAUAUAAAAUACA